AUGAAUGAAUCAUUGUUACAAACAAAUUUCGUUAAUCAAAAGAUGUCAACGCAUUUCUCUUAUCCGGAUACAAAACUUCAAGAGCUGUUGAAAAAAACUGCAGAGGCCAUAGUCGCCCCUGGGAAAGGAAUACUGGCCGUGGACGAAUCCAAUGAGGGAAUUGGCAAACUGUUGGCGGGGGUGGGUUUGGAGAAUACAGAGGACAAUCGAAGGCGGUACAGGCAGCUACUGUUUACCUCUGAUGACGUUCUCUCCGAGAACAUAUCUGCGGUGAUAUUGUUCGACGAAACGGUCUACCAAAAGACUGACGGUGGUGUUCCUUUUAUUGAGCUGUUAAAAAGCAAGAACAUUAUACCGGGCAUCAAAGUAGACAGGGAUGUGGUGCCUUUGUAUUUAUCGGAAGACGAAGUCACAACUCAAGGCCUGGACGAUCUCGCUCAACGGUGCGCCGAGUACAAGAAGCAGGGAUGUCAAUUCGCGAAAUGGCGGUGCCCUUUGAAGAUCGGAGACCACACGCCUUCGCCCCAGGCCAUACACGACACCGCUCAAGUUCUCGCUCGCUACGCUAGUAUCUGUCAGAGCCAGGGAGUAGUUCCUAUUGUGGAGCCUGACGUUUUGCUGGACGGCGACCAUGACAUCGUUAGAACUCAGAAGGUGACAGAGGUUGUAUUGGCAGCAGUUUACAAGUCGUUGAAUGAUCACCAUGUCUUUCUAGAGGGGACCCUUUUGAAACCGAAUAUGGUUACUCCUGGUCAAGGAUGCCUUACAAGAAGCGCACCCGAAGAGAUAGCCGAAGCCACGGUCACAGCUCUGCUUCGAGGGGUACCAGCCGCUGUUCCAGGCAUCGCGUUUUUAUCUGGUGGGCAGUCUGAGGAAGAGGCGACGGUCAAUCUCGACGCCAUUAACAAGGUGCAGAAGAAGAAGCCGUGGACGCUCACGUUUAGCUACGGGCGGGCUCUGCAGGCGUCCGUGUGGAAGACCUGGGCGGGGAAGGAUGAGAAUGUAAAGAAAGCUCAGGCAGAACUGAUCAAGAGGGCUAAGGCCAACGGAUUGGCAUCCCUCGGCAAAUACGACGCGGGAACCAUUGCAACCGCUGCCGGUGACAGUUCUAAUUACAGCAGGAACCAUAAAUAC